AAUCUCACAAACGUCCCAUCUAGUCAACUUGAAAAAUACUUAUCCAGUCCGAGUGUGGCUCCACAACUGCAGUCUCAGCUUUGCGCAUGCAAACUCUCCGCGGAAGUCCGUCCAUCAUCGAACCAAUUGACGGCUUAUUUCGAGAAUCCCCCAGCGGGAAUUGAUAAACUGAUCUGGCAACAGGCUCAGGCAGACAAUCCUCAUCCGGAUUGCACGAUUCCCGUACCACUUGUCGGAUUUGCCGAAUUGAAACGACGCAAACAAGAACAGGUUGCAUUCAGUCAGCAACAGAGCGCAAUUUUGAAGCAAAUUGGCGAAGUUGUCCAACAAAUGAAAACCGGCCAGUUGGCUAUCUCGCAAAAAUUGACACAACUGAAACGAAAGCAGAUAGAAAUUAGUCACCGUAUUUUGAAUGUUCUACGCCGACAAGAGGUUCAUCGUCGUGCCGGAUUCGCAAUUCGCGUGGAAGAGGAGUCUCUACGCUGCGGCCUGGAACGGAUCUGGUCAGAGAUCACAUCACCUCGGGGUUUGCGUAUUCGUUUCCAAGAUUCCCGAGCAGCACUGAACGCGAGCACCGAGAGCAUGUCCGUGACCGAGAAAGAGAAUGUGGCCGGAUUAGGGGCCGCGGAUCGGGUCACCGCGGAUCCACGUUACAAUUGGAAUCUGGAUGCGGACGCUUGGGCCGAAUUGAAAGAGUAUCUCUCCCAACGGCAAAGUGGAAUUCGGGAGAUACAGCAUUUGAUCAGCGAGAUGUCCGGCACGCUGAAAAUUAUGGAGGACGGUCCGACUUCGUCAGCACAGUCCGGGAACAAACUUUCUGCCAAACCGCUAUCCCGUGCUACACCCAACAAGGUCUCAUUCGCGUUAAACACCCGUGCACGUUAG